AUGGCACUAUUGGCGUUAUCAGCACUGACCUCUGAUGGUUGGAAGAUCAUUAUCGGACUCUUCGCCCUUCUCUUCGCAGCGCUAAUCUCACGAUCGCUUGGCGCAUUGCGACCGCGAAAAGGGGCCCUCUUCGUCAAUCCAUCAUCCAUAACUCAACCAGAGAAGUCCAACCAAGCCACCGAGACAUGGCAGAUGCCUGUCCCCAGCCCUUAUUCGGACUGGUCAAUAGAAACGACAAGGCCGCUGCCCUACCGCGCAUUUCGCUAUGGUCCGAAGUACAACGUCACCAUGGGGCUUCGUUCAAUUCAGCCAGAGGACUGGAUUGAGCUCGAUAACCACUACCCCAGGUAUCAUGCCGACAAGACUGCUCGAAUCGCUGAAAGGGGUGAGAAAUGCUUCGGAACAGACCCAGCAGCCUACCCUGCCGCCAUAGAACUCCUGGAAGAACUAUGUCAGUACCUUCCCGCUCGAUACCCUACACUCUUCAAGCGGACCGCCGUUGGAAUCGACAACCUCUGGUCAGGGGAAUCUUUCAACAUUGUCGAAACACCUUUGAAGGAGGACCCGUCGGCCAUUGCCGCCAAGCUCGUGCAAGACGACCUCGCCAUCAUGAUAGAACGGCCCGACGGCAAAUACUACUUGCUCGGCGGGUCCAUCCUGCUGGCGGGCUUCUGGAGGCUGAGCGACAAGUUCGGCAUGUCCCUCGAGGAGAUUCACACGUCCGGCGAUGUCCCCCACUACAAGGAGAAGCUACAUAAUGGCAUGGCUAGCUUCUUCAAGCGCCUGCGCUGCGACCAGAUCUACUCCCGCAACAACUACUUCAUCCAGGUUGACGAUUCCUUGCCCUGGAGCUGGACUAUCGGCGAAGAAGACAGCCCCGUUGUCAGCUGGAGCACGGCUGAGAAGGACAGGGCAGUAGAACAUCACUAUUUCCGUUCCGAAAGGCAAUCGCUGCGCCGUCUCCCCAAGACCAAGGCCAUUGUUUUCACGAUUAGGACAUACUUCCAUCCCAUCACUGACUUGGCUGCGGAGGACUACGUGCCUGGGAGGCUUGCGAGUGCCAUUCGGAGCUGGGAUGAGAUAGUCGCAAACUACAAGGGACGCGAGAUGUACGAGAAGGUCUUGCUAGAGUAUCUCGAUAAUGAGCACCAGAAGCAACUGGAUCGAGGCCUGGACUUGAGCAAAGAGGAUGAAACCCGGAAAUAUCCUUGGUGA